AUGCCACGACAACAGGCUACGGGCCUGCUCAGCUUAUUUAUAUUGCUAAUGCUUGGAUGCGCACCUGAGGUGCAAACCGCAGGGCCCGACACUGCGGGCACCCGAACCCUGCAUUACCGGGCAGACUUUGAUGCCACAUUCACGGCAGCCAAUGACCAGGUGACCGCCUCAAUCUCAAUCCGGCAGAAGAACGGCCAGCUCAAAUCUCUAAACUUCAAAGCGCCGCAAGCCGCAUACCAACUGGUCUCCGCGGAUGGACAGGCGAAACGCGACAACGAUCGCCUGAUCUGGCAGGUACCGCGAGAGGGCGGAACCUUUCGGUACACCUACCGUAUCGACAGUCCGCGAGGAGAUAGCUUUGAUGCCAAACAUACGCCUACCUGGACCCUGCUGAGACUUGGCGACCUGUUUCCCCGCGCGAACGCGCGCUUACGCAAGGGCGCUGUGAGCAAAUCCAGCGUCUUCAUGCAGGGGCCCCAGGACUGGUCGUUUGAAAGCCGCUACGGAUCUCUACAUGCAGAACGAAAAAUUCUCGACCAUACCGAUCGCGGAUUCAACCGCCCUACCGGAUGGCUGCUGGGUGGCAAAUUAGGCACGCGCCGGGAUGUCAUCGCGGGCCACAACUUUGUUGUCAGCGCACCCAUCGACGGCGGCAUGCAGCGGAUGGACGUGCUGGCCUUCCUGAACUGGACGGUGCCCACGCUUAACGACAUUCUGCCCAAGCUCCCACCACAUGUACUUAUUGUUGGCGCACCUGAGGUCAUGUGGCGGGGCGGCCUAUCCGCGCCAAACUCAGUGUACCUGCAUGUCGGCCGGCCACUGGUCAGUGAAAACGGCACAUCAACCCUCCUGCAUGAACUGGUGCAUAUGGCGGGCGUACAUUCCGCUGUACCGGGUGCAGACUGGAUUGUCGAAGGACUGGCUGAGUAUUACGCCAUUCUGGUAAUGCAGCGCAGUGGCGGUUUGAGCCCUGCGCGAUUUCAGGCAACUAUCGACGACCUGCAGGAUUGGGCAAAUAAAGACCGAGGCCAUCUGGCCGACCCGUCAAGCGGAGCAAAUACAGCUGCUGCGGUUCUACUUCUGCAUGACCUGGCCAAUGAGCUGAGUGCGGCCGGCGCGCAGAUGGAUACGACAGUUAGUAUGUAUACCCUGUAUAUCGGCAACAAAAACUAUUCUUCCUGGUCGCUGCGACCCUGGGCUCUGCUGACGGCAUUGGAGAUUCCCUUCGAGGAAAUCCUCAUACCCUUCGACGAUGGCGGUAGCUGGCAGAAAUUUCGCAGUUUCUCGCCAACCGGCUUAGUACCCUGUCUGCACGAUGGCGAUAUCGUUGUCUGGGAGUCGCUCAGCAUUGUCGAAUAUAUUGCCGAAGCUCACCCACAGGCCUGGCCAACAGAUCCUGUUGUGCGCGCGUGGGCGCGCAGUGCUACAGCAGAAAUGCACGCUGGCUUUAACAACUUACGUAACGAAUGCGCCAUGACUGUAGGCCUGCGGAUUCAACUGCACCAACAGUCGGAGGGUCUAGGCGCCGACCUCAAGCGACUUGCUGAGCUGUGGCAGCAGGGAUUGCAGAAUUUCGGCGGCCCUUAUCUCGCCGGUGAAAACUUCACAGCAGUUGAUGCAUUUUAUGCACCCGUGGUUUUUCGCAUACAAACCUACGGCCUCAAACUACCGGCUGCUGCGCAAAACUAUGUGCAGCACAUGCUGGCGCAGCCCGUCAUGCAGAAAUGGACCAAAGAUGCCUUGCAGGAGCCUUAUCGGGAACCCAGCCACGAAGAAGAAAUUGCCCGGUGGUCUGAGGCUGCCUCGUUACCCCUGCAAAUUCAGGAGCUGUACCCCUGCGUUCAUCAGGGCGAGCUGUAUGUCGCCGGCGGCAUCGCGGCACGCAUGGGGGUACCUUAUUUCACCAACCGCUGUUUUGCUUAUAACCCACAAAGCAAUAGCUGGAGAGAACUGCCUGAACUACCCGAAAAUCUGCACCACGCAGCACUGGUCAGCAACGGCCGAGAUCUGUUCUGCGUCGGUGGAUUUGCAGGCAGCUAUACCCGAGUUUGGGCAAUGCAGGAUGCAGUGUACAAACUCACCGCCGAUGGUUGGCAGCUGAUCAAUCGCCUUCCUUCACCACAGGCGGAAGGUGUGAUUGCCCAUCACCCGGAUGGCAACAUUCAUCUGGUGACCGGCCAGAACCCAAAAGGUGCGGAUAAUGCCCAGCGCAGUGAUCACACCGAAACCCACAACCACUGGGUCUGGGACACGGUAUCUGACCAGUGGCGUGACGCUGAACAGAUCCCCACAGCUCGCAACAGCGCAACAGGCGGCUGGCUGGGCAAUCAAUUAGUGGUUACCGGCGGACGCACCGCCCAGGGUAACCUCAAUGUGACGGAAAUCUAUGAUCUACAAGGUGAUCACUGGCACAGUGGUGCACCGCUACCCCUGCCCCAGGCAGGCACAGCCAGCGUAGUUGUUGAUGAAGGUUUGCUGGUCUUUGGCGGUGAAAUAUUCACGCCCGAAGCCAAGGUGUUUGCCAACGUCUGGCUCUACAAUCUGCACGAAGAUCGUUGGCAUCCAGUUGCUGAUCUACCGACACCAAGACACGGCCUGGGUGCAGGCCUGAUAGGACAGAAAAUAUACGUUAUCGGCGGCGCGACUGCGCCCGGCGGCAGCGGUACCAGUGAUCUGAACGAAGUCCUCACACUCCAGCACAAGUGUGAGAUUGAUUCACCUGCGAAAAUCGAAAUGGGCACGCUGGCUGUACAUUUACUGAGAUCGCCAACCGAUGUGGCUACGCGUUUCGAAUACCCACAUGAUGUCUUCUGGAAGAGCACCGACAAAUGGCGCCAGGAGUGGCGAACGGCUCUUGGGGAAUCUCAAAUUGAUUUCAACUGCGAACCGGUUGCGCCUGCACGCAAUGUUGUUGCCCGACCUGUUCGCGACCUCUUCAUUCCCUCGGGUCAAUCUUUAACCGUUUAUGUGGGUUAUCCCGCCUGGUUGCGAAUCAUCGCGAGCAACAACGUGGUGCUUGCGGAUCUUGCAACUGAGCUGAUGUCUGAAACCUGGCUCGGCCCCAACACGUUACAGGGCGAAGUUGCGUUUGCAACACAGACACAGGCGAGGUUAAGCCGAGACAAGCUCCCAGAAACUUCACAUACCAUUCGCGCGCCGAUCACGAUCCAAAACGCCAGCCAGGAACAGCUCCAUAUUACCCGCUUGAGCAUUCCUGCUCCGGAACUUCCAGUUUUCCGAUGUGGCGGUCAACUGUGGUCCGCGCCCGUGUCUAUCGAGUGUGAAGAAACCUUAUCCGGAGCCCGCGUUGUCCUCGGUGACAGUGCGCCAGAUUUUCUGGAUUCAGCAGAGCGCAUGAGUGAUGCCCGAGUGACCGACAGCAGUAAAAAUAUGAGCUGGACAGACAUACCCUUUGACACCUUGUUUCGCGCGACGGUCAUGCUCGUUUCAGGGUGGAUAUUUGCACGGCUAGCGCGCCGCACAACCCGCCUGAUUCCUGCGGACGUGUUUUCGCCAAACUUAUUGUUGCUGAUACAACGUGGUUCCUUUUAUUUAGUCUUCGGCAUAUUUGCCGUCAUGGCGGUUCAACAGGCGGGUUUCGACCUCACGGUGUUGCUCGGGGCGGCAGGUAUAUUGUCUGUGGCAGUGGGUUUUGCAUCACAAACGUCUGCAUCAAAUCUGAUCAGCGGCCUUUUUCUCAUCGCCGAACGAGCAUUCGAAGUGGGCGACGCCAUAAAAGUAGGCGACAUCACAGGUGAAGUGCUUUCAAUCGAUUUAUUGUCCGUCAAACUGCGAACCUACGACAAUCUGUAUGUUCGCAUCCCCAAUGAAAAUCUGAUGAAAUCAACCGUAACCUCAUUAACCCGCCACCCGAUCCGUCGUUUCGACUUACAAGUGGGCAUCGCAUAUAAAGAAGAUAUCGCGCGGGCCAGAGACGUAUUGCUGAAGGUUGCCGCAGAAUUCCAUCUCUGCCUCGAUGAACCCGCGCCGCUCAUCAUCAUGCAGGGUUUUGGUGACUCAUCCAUCAACAUUCAGUUUUCUGUCUGGGCCGCUCGUGAAAACUAUCUGGCCCUGCGUAACGGCAUUUAUGAACGGGUGAAAACCGCCUUUGAUCAGGAAGGCAUCGAAAUACCCUUUCCGCAUCGAACGCUUUAUGCCGGCAGUGACACGCUGGCGAUGCCAGUGUCUAUCCAGACCAACAAUCAGAACGAUCACGCCAUCACCCUUUUUGAGCGUGAUAUCCCACCACCGGAGGGUGACGCCGAUCAGGCCUUUUUUGCCUGGCAGCGCCGUGGUGCAGCGCAGUUCCGUCACCCUCAUGCCUUCCUUGGUCUUAUGUGUUCGCUGCUUGAAGAGCAUCACCCAAGCCUGCUGGAAGAAUUUUUUGCAGCAGGGGCACGCCGGGUUAACUUUGAAGAUAUGGUGCCACCUCACCUGCUGCCGCACUACAAACCCGAACCGGGUGACGAGAAACUGUGGAUCCUGAUGUGCCGCCGCGCCACCAUCGAAACCGUGCUGCGGCGAUACGUCGAGCGCAUGAACAAUAUUGUCAUCCACAAUAAAACCUACAUCACUGGUGUGCGCACGGAACAGCAAGCCAAUGGUCUGCAUGUCACCGGUCUGGAACUCACGGAUCGCUCUGACAACAACAGCAGGUCCAUCUUUGAAGCCGACGUCUACGUGGACUCAACUGGACGCGCGUCCAAAUUCCGCAAGUGGCUGAUGGAUGCAGGGGCUGCUAUCGAAGAACAGCGCGAUGAUGCUGAAAUUGUCUACUACACGCGUCACUACAAGCUCAAUCCAGGCGUUAGUGAGCCUUCAAGACACGGCGAAGAUCCCGCCGCUGGUGACCUGGGGUAUAUGAAAUAUGGCGUAUUCCCAGGAGACAAUGGUCACUUUGCCAUCAUCAUCUGCAUUCCCAACGGCGAAUCUGAGCUGCGCGAAGCGGUCAAAGAAGGAGAUCGUUUUGAUGCCAUCUGCCGGACUAUCCCAGGCCUGGUGCCCUGGGUUGCACCCGACAAAGCCCAGGCGACCACCGAAUCAUUUGGCAUCGGUGAAAUCCACGCCGUGUGGCGCAACUUUGUGAAAGAUGGCCAUCCCGCUGCACACAACUUUUUUGCGGUCGGCGAUUCCUGCGCGCGGACCAACCCUCUGUACGGGCGUGGCUGCAGCAUAGGUAUUCUGCACGCCCAGAUUCUGGCUGAUGUACUCGCCAGCGAAACUGACAGUACCGCACGAGCACUGGCUUUCCAGAAGCUCACGGAAGAACGCAUAGGACCCAUAUUCAAAGCCAGUCUGCAGGAAGACAAAAAUGGUAUUAAACGCGCAGACGCUGUGAUGUCAGGCCGCGACCUGGAUAAGCCCGACUCCCUGAAAAAAUGGUUUGGCAUGGCUUUUGGUGAUGCCCUGGCUGCGGCAGCCAAAGAUGAGAUUGAGGUUUUUCGCGGCAUGAUGCGCACAGUAAACCUGAUCGAAAAUCCGGGCGAUUUUCUCAAAGAGAAAAAGGUCAAACGCACCAUCUUCAAAUACAUGCUGCGCGGCGAGAUGAUUGCCGCAGGAUUUCUGGCCAAUGGCGACAUGUCCACCCUCGACGGCAUCAAAGCAUUCUGCGAAGUAUUCAAGAGCAAAGAAAACCACCUGGACGUCCUCAUCAACAAUGCGGGUGUUGCCUGGGGUGCACCGCUUGAAGAAUUCCCCGAGAUCGGUUGGGACAAGGUCAUGAACACUAACGUCAAAGGUCCUUUUUUCCUGACUCAACAGCUGUUGCCGUUGCUGGAGAAAGCCACCAGCUUCGAUGAGCCAGCAAGAAUUAUUAAUGUCGGCUCCAUCGACGGCAUCAAGACACCGGUGUUUGAUAAUUUUUCCUAUGGCCCAUCAAAAGCCGCCAUCCAUCACUUAACCCGUGUGUUGGCUGCACAUCUGAUCAAACGCAAUAUUAUCGUUAAUGCCAUUGCGCCCGGACCUUUUCCAACCUACAUGCUGAGCACCGGCGUCGGUGGCGGCGGUGACACUGACACCACUGACUGGGAUGCGGUUGGCAAAGGUAAUCCGCGUGGACGUGUGGGCACACCUGAGGACAUAGCGGGCCUGGCAAUCUUUCUUGCUUCCCGCGCCAGCGGCUUCACUGUGGGAGAAGUCAUCACCUGCGAUGGCGGAUCAGUGGUUUCGUAA